AUGGGCGUCGAGGUGCGGCGACCCAUAGAACGAGCCAUGUCACUCUGCAAGCACCGUCGCAACGCAGUGUACCGCCUUACCGUUGCAUCUUCGCCCUGCACCUCCCCAUCGCCCGCUCCCGAUGCAAUGGCGAUCCAGCGCAUCGGCUGCAUGCACCUCCCAUGGCUCUAUAUGCACGUCGGCGUAAAGAGCCGCAGAGACUCUCCCCCUCCUUCCAUCGCGAGUCGAACGAGUGACAGGUCGACCGACAACAACGACCACCAGGCUCGCGUGGCUUUCGAGAGCAACACCGACCCCUUGCCCAUCCAGUCCAAUGGUCCGGGCUAUAUCAUCUUGGCCCUCGCCGUACCCGGCAUCCCCAUCCUCUCCCUCCCCCCUUACCCCCUUAUCCCCUUCAGCUCUGUUCCGCCCUCGGCUAUCGCAUGCCACGUUCUGCGCCCGAGAAAGAAUACGACGCCGCCCGCCCCCGAUCGUCCCGAAGGCGUGCACGCCUCUACGCCCGACUUCGCUUCCGUGCGCCUGCCACACAUCCGAGCCACGCCCAAGCUGCACACCGAAGCCAAGCAUACUUUCAGCCUGCACAGGACACCACCUAUCCAGACCACGCUCGGAAUGAUGCGACCCUACCGUGUAUCCCCCAAAAGCUCACCAGCUUCCAGCGCCGGCUUCUCGUCGCCUGCACUUCCCGAGCUCAGCCUCGAUGCCUCGCUACAGCGACUGCACCAAGACGAAGAACUCUCUUCGGCGUCGAAAUCGUCCCUCGCCCGCUCCCAAGCGUGGCUCCACGCCCACAGCUUUGAACAAGAUUCGGAGCGCUCAUCUUCUCCAGAAACGUUCCAUCGUUCACAUCCGUCCCUAGACUCGCUGGGCUCGAGCUCAGUCUACCGUUUCCCCAAAGUCACAUCGGAUGCCCGACCACCAUCGCAGUCGCACGAUGCUCAGCCACAAGAACCGGCGCUCCCGGCUCGUCCAAGGACAAGCAGAGGCCUUUCGGAACCAAAGCCGUUUCUCUCCUCGUCGUCCCGCACCACCUCCAUCGCUUCCAUCGCCGAAAUCGUUUCCGAACCAGCACAGCAGGUGCCGCACCCGACGAUCUCGUUCGGCACGCCCUUUGCAGAUCAUGCCUUUGAGCAUCGAUUCCACGAUCCGGACAACGAGCUCGCAGGUCAGCCAGGAGCGUCACGGUCCAGCAGCUCUUCUCCGGAACGUGUUAACGCAUCCUUUCGGGCAACCCACACCACCAGACUGGAGAUCGCGGGCGAGAUACACGAUCUCGAAGCGUCGACAGACGUGCCUGCCUCAGCCGCUUCCUCGCAAUGGACGAUUCUUUUCGCACCAACCUCAAAGGACGGCUCUUCCUCAACGCCAAUGAGCGAAGCAACAUUUCUCUUACCUCUGCUCGAGUCCAUGGAAGACCAAGCCAAGCUGCUCAAACACCAUCUCAGCAAACAGCCUGCGUCAGGCACGCACGGCAACCCAAACAGCGGAUACGCGAGAGACAGCUCGGUGAACUGUUUCCUCGACCUCAGCGCGGUCUCGACCCUCGAUCCCAUCCUCGCUCAGCUGACCCCACAGAGCUGGCCCAUCGUCUUUAGGCAAUAUCUCUUCGUCGAUUCCGUGGCUGGUCAACGCGAGUCAGUACCAAACGGGGGGAAUAAGGCUGCGCCGCUUCCUUUACUUGCGCGCGAGACGGGGCUACCCAUCGUCGCCUUGGUUCGGUACACUCUUCUUCCCGCAACCACGCCUUCACCUCUGACCAAGCAAAACCUUCGCGACGCUCAGACUGUGCCACCGGCUGCCUCGAAGCGCACACUUCUGGAUAAGCCCGGUGCCGAGGCGUCCGACAGUCGAAGCUGGACUCGGCGCGAGUCGGAGAUGACCGUGUCGCUUGCGAACGCUGGCACUGCUGCAAGAUCCACCGGGAUGGCUGCUAGCCGAAGCUACCCAGGACACCCAAGAACACCUGUUCGCAAGAGUCCACUACCCUACUCACCGCGCGCGAUGCUCUUUCCCACCGACAGACCUUCGCUUGGCGCAGCGAUGAUGCCACGAGACUUUGCCUCCAACAACAUCACCCAUCGCGGGUAUGCCCGACUCGGAUCGGCGGAGAACAAGCUGCGCUCACUAUCGCUUGCUGCUGCUCAUCCCCUUGUCACUGAGGGUGAGGCAAUGCAGAUGCAGUAUGCGGAUCCUCAAAGUCCCAAGAGCAAGGGCAAACCAAGCGGUCUUACAGGCGCCCAAGACCAGCAAGAAAGUGUAGCUCUAGACUCGCAGCAGCACACGCGGUGUUUGGGCCGGGGUGAUCCGCAGUCAUCUCGCGGGUCGAGUCACAAGAGCUACCCUUCGCACGGCACGUCGUUGUCCACGCACUCGACGCGGUCCACGAGCCUCUACAGCAUCCCCAGCCACAACCACCCCGCAGAUGCUGACGAUUCGGAUACGGACUCGGACGAUCUCGAAGUGGGGCGACACUUCUGGACUCAGCUUUCGAAUCUUGGCGAGCAGAUUACGCGCGAAAAGGACCCAGAUCGACCACAAACCGGGUUCAGCAGUGGACGCAACGUUUCGAUCUCGUCGGAAGCAUCGUCGGUGUUCGAUUUCAGUCCUCUGGGAAUCCUUGUGCCCGAGCCUCGUACAGAAGUCUCAAGACCUGCUAUUUCGGCUGUUGUUGCAUCGCAACCUUCGGUGCUGAGUCGACGUAGGGCGUAUAGCUCCAUGGUGCCAUUGACCGGAUGGAGGGCGGGUGAUACGGAUCUCAGCACGGCGCAUGAUGUCGACACCAUUCGACAGCUCCCGCACGUCUUGCUGCUCGAACCUAGAGAUAGUGCGGAGCAUUGCGAGAUCACGCCCACCGUGACGACGUUUCAAGGCCGGGCGAGGGCACACUCUUUCCAGCCCGCAUCGUGGCAAACCGAACGUCGGACUGGGGUGGAUGCGGGACAGAGGCAGGAUGUUUGGCAGGAAGCCAUGCACCAGCUCCAGCAGCGUGUUUCCCAAGACUCGCGGCUCAUCACCCAUCUCCAGAGGAACGAUGAACCUGGGAUUGGCGAUCACCCGGAAGCAGUGGACACGGAGCCUCCAAGGAGCGAGGAGGCAUUCUCACCUCCCGUCGACAGCUCUCCCCUCCCAGGGCUGUUUUACGAGCACUGGGUUGAGCGUACCGAUCUCGGUGUGGAUGGUGAACUUGGUCGACGCGGCUCUGCGCUGCAUCUUGCUCCCGAGGCUCCUGUAGGCGGUACCUCACCAGCAUCAUCCGGCCUGACCAUGCUUGGAUCGGCAUCGAACAGCGAUUCGCCCCUGCAGGCACUUGACAACUGGCCUGUACCUCACUCCCGACCGCCCCCAGUUACCGCGUCGCAAAGCUUUCUAUCCGUAGCAUCGCCGGUGUCAAGACAAGAAGACGCAGCCUCAGUGUGCGAUAUGGUACGCAGUGGAUCGAGCCCUCUCCCCACCGCUUUUGCUCCAAUGGGGGACGUGGAGGGAUGGGGGAUGGCGGGGUGGGCUCAGCUGGCGCAGCGGCUCGAGUCGCCCGGAUCUAUGCGACUGCUAUGUCUCGCGGCGUCAAGCCUCCCUUCUAACCGCCCACCAGUAGAAUCAAGCUUCAGCCCAAAGGCAGGAGGGGAGCCACCUCGCAAGUUGGUCCGGAAGAAGGCAGCCCUGCUUGGCCCGAUUCGGAUCUCCCCAACGCGCAAUGAGGAAGGAGAGGGGAUACAUAGCGAUGGAGAGCAUGCGUGCGAGCAGCCACGGGGCGUGACAAGGAUGAGGAGGUCGCUCAGCAACAUCUUUGACCUUCCCCAGCAGCCACGUAGAAGCGAUACCUGA